AUGGUUGUUAGUCCGAAGCUGGGGAAGCUAAAGGUGGUGCGGCGGCAGCUGCUGCAGAGGUAUGAGCACCAGCCGUUUGUGUCGUGUCUGGCUGGUCUGUACGGCUGUCAAUGGAGACGCUACCAGAGGGCCAAGUCUCAGCCUGGGGAGUGCUGCUGCAGCAGGGUGGAGUGUGGGAGCGUGGUCCUUCUGGUCCUGACCUUCCUCCUCUCAUCUCUGUUCCUCUACUUCUGGAGCCAGGCUCACAACGAUUACAAUGAUUUUGAUUGGUUUAACUUUGAGACUCUGGGAUUCUGGUUCCCCUGGUCUCUGGUGCUGCUGGUUAUUGCUGCUGCUCUGUUCACCUACAUCUCUCUGCUGCUGGUACUGGCAGUUUGUUUACUGUCUGAGGGACAGAGGUUGUACCUUCACUGGAGUCACAAGAUGGGGAUUGUGGUGACCCUGGCAUUCGCUGUCAGUGCCACGGCUGUUCUGUCUGAGGUGUGGAGUAAAGAGUGGAAGACCCUCCUCCUCUCCCUGCAGGUCACAGCCCCCUUUCUUCAUGUAGGCGGGGUUUUAUUUAUGACUCUCCUGUCCUGGCCAAUAGCGCUGCACUUUUUUCGCAUGAACAAGAGAGUGCAUCAGGUGUGUCUGUUGGGUGUGUACCUGGGUGUAUUGUUCAGUCUGUACCUGGUUCCUCUGGCCAUGUAUUCUCCCUGCAUCAGAGAAGCUGGAACCCUGGGACCCAAACCAACACUCCUCGGACACAGAGGAGCUCCCAUGCUUGCUCCAGAGAACACUCUAAUGUCCUUUGAGAGUGCAGUGGAGGCUGGAGUGGACGGGCUGGAGACUGACAUCACUAUAAGUGCUGAUGGCAUUCCGUUUGUGAUGCAUGACCUCACCCUGCAGAGGACCACUAACGUAGAGGAGGUGUUUCCUAACAGAACACACACACCUGCUGCCCUGUUCACCUGGUCUGAUGUACAGCUGCUCAACGCUGGGGCCUGGUUCCUCUCUUGGGAUCCUUUUGGCACAGUGUCCUCUCUGUCUCCAGAGCAGCGAGCGCUAGCUGCCAAUCAGACUGUUCCCUCCCUGGCUGAAGUUCUGGACGUAGCUAAUCGGACGGGCAGGACACUGUUGUUUGACCUGAGACAGCCUCCUCCUGGACACCCUUAUAGAGACAACUACCUCAACAUCACCCUCAACCUCAUACACACACACAUCAACUCCAGCCAAGUGCUGUGGCUGCCAUCAGAUCAGAGAGGGGAGAUACAGCAGGUAGAUCCAGAGCUGCAACAGACAGCCGGACAGACUGCCUCUAUUCAGGAACUACAGGACAACCACAUCACUUCCCUCAACCUGCAUUACAGCACCAUGUCUCUACAACACAUCAGUAAGUACAGGUCGGUGAACAUCAGUGUGAACCUGUAUGUAGUGAACCAGCCGUGGCUCUACUCUCUGGCCUGGUGCAGUGGAGCAUCCUCUGUUACCACCAACAACAUGCUGCUGAGAGAUAUACACACACCUCUGCUCCUUGUGACUCCAGAGCAGUACAGUGUGAUGUGGGUUCUGACUGACCUGGUCUCUGCUGCUCUUAUCGUCUGCAUCUUCAUAUUCCACUGGUGGCGUGAGCGAGGCUUACAAUUCUGGUCAGGCAGUCGGCAGACACACAAGACCGGGCCUUAUAGCAAGUUCCGGACCGAUCCAGUGGAGUCAGGGAGGGGUCGAUGGAAUCCCUUCCACUCAGAGUCUCCCACUAGAACCCUCAUCUCCCUCCCUCUGGACCUUAACCCAUGAACCACUCAACUCGCGAACCCUGCAUGAACCAAUGAACCUCCCAUGAACCCUCUGGUUCUCAACCCUUGAAACCUGCAUGAACCACUGAACCUCCCAUGAACCAUUCCCAAACCCCAAACCAUUGGACCUCAACCCACACAUGAACCCUGCACCAACCGCUGACCUGAACCUCAACUACCCCACCCCUGACCUCUAACCCAUAUCCUUUGCCCGGCAGAGCUCAGCGACGUCUGGUCCAUCUCCAGUGGGAAUGUCCGAACGGAACUACGGACCCCCAGUACCCUCCACACCAUCACAGAGGAGUAACACACAGACACUCACACAGAGGCAUAUAAGUACACACACACACACACACACACACACACAGACACUCACCCAGUCACACACACACAAAGUGUGAACGCACAAGAAUAAGCAAAGGAAAACAGGGAGGAAAACAAGAGGAGGAACUGAAUGUGUAAAAAGAGGAAGAGGGUGAUUGAUGUAAUGUGAAAGAUGAGUCAGUAUUUUGAUCAUCCUGACUAAGACUAUUGUUCCUGUGUCCUCACCUGGCCAGCUCAUUCACACUCAUUCUGGUGACCACUGGAACUACACAACUGAACUGCUCAAGUAUGAAGUAUACACUGAACAAAAAUAUAAACACAACAUGUAAAGUGUUGGUCCCAUGUUUCAUGAGCUGAAAUAAGAAAUCCCAGACAUUUUCCAUACACACAAAAAGCUUAUUUCUCUCAAAUUUUGUG